AUGACACUAAGCUCCCCUGUAACGGAGGAAAACCUGGAUAUGAACGUGGAAACCUUGAAAAAGGACGAUGAAGUGCUGUCAGAUGAGUUCGAUGUUCAAGAAGAGAAACCCGAAUCGCUUUUAUGGGAGAGUGCCUUUGUCGGGGUGCUGUGCUCUGCUCAAUUAAUGACACAGGCAGGGCUUGGUCAGUCAUUAGCGCCACUUCACAUCAUCGGUGACAGUUUUGGAACGGCCAAUCCUGGACAGCUCAGUUGGUUCGCAUCCGCAUACUCGCUUACUGUUGGUACGUUUAUUUUGAUUGCUGGAAGACUGGGAGACAUUUUUGGACAUAAAAAGUUCUUUGUUCUUGGCUUCUUUUGGUACGCCCUUUGGUCCCUGCUUGCCGGGUUUAGUGUUUACUCUAAUCAGAUUUUUUUCGACUGCUGUCGUGCCUUCCAAGGCAUGGGUCCCGCCUUUUUACUACCAAAUGCUAUUGCAAUCCUUGGACGCACAUAUAAGCCAGGGAGGAGAAAAAACAUGGUCUUUAGUCUAUUCGGAGCCUCAGCGCCUGGUGGUUUCGUCCUUGGUGCUGUUUUCUCAUCCAUGCUGGGGCAGCUUGCAUGGUGGCCAUGGGCUUACUGGUUAAUGGGUAUUGCCUGUUUUCUUUUGGCGGUAGCAGGUUAUUAUUUGAUUCCUCAUACCCCUAUGCCGAACCGCGAUGUCGCAUCUUUCAAGUUGUUGGAACGGAUUGAUUUUGCAGGAUCGGUUACCGGUGUUGUUGGAUUGAUUCUCUUUAAUUUUGCAUGGAAUCAAGGCCCGGUUGUGGGUUGGCAAACCCCAUAUACAUAUGCCCUUCUAAUAGUUGGCACUGUCUUUUUGAUUAUUUUUGCAUUUAUUGAAUCCCGUGCAGCAUUCCCCUUGCUUCCCUUUGCUGCUCUUUCUAGUGAUACUGCCUUUGUGCUUAGCUGCAUCGCUGCAGGAUGGGCUAGUUUUGGUAUUUGGAUUUUCUACACAUGGCAAUUCAUGGAAGACUCAAGAGGCCAAACGCCUCUUCUUUCAAGCGCACAGUUUUCACCUGUAGCAAUCAGUGGAUUUUGUGCUGCCUUGAUGACAGGGUUUCUUUUAAGUCACACACCUCCAAGUACAGUUAUGUUUUUUGCAAUGACUGCGUUUACAGUCGGAACAAUAUUGAUUGCUACAGCUCCCGUUCACCAAACAUAUUGGGCCCAAACGUUUGUAUCGAUUAUUGUGAUGCCCUGGGGAAUGGAUAUGUCUUUCCCAGCCGCUACAAUAAUGCUUAGCGACUCAAUGCCCCAUGAGCAUCAGGGUCUUGCAGCGUCUUUGGUUAAUACAGUGGUAAACUAUUCGAUAUCAAUAGGAUUAGGUAUUGCAGGUACGAUUGAGUCCAAUGUUAAUGACGGAGGUGCCAAUGUAUUGAAGGGCUACCGUUGUUCUUGGUACUUGGGCAUCGGAUUGAGCGGAUUUGGCAUUUUUGUCGCAGCAACAUAUGCAGUAAGCACAUUUAUGAAAUCCAAAAAAAGGGUAUCCGAAAAGCAGCAUUUUAUAGAAUGA